UCAGUUGGUAUCUUCUACUCGCCAGCUGAUCGGCCUUGACUCCCGGUGCGGUCCGUCGGACUGUACGCGGCCGUAAAAUUCUUGUAUAUUGUUUAAAUUUAGUCAAAUUCAUUUUCGUGGCCGCUCGUGUCGGCAUUUUGGACUUCUUACGCUGCAUUUUUCGGUCGGGGUUUGCGUUGUAACGCGUUUUUUAGACAAACGUCAAGCCGAGGAAUUCCCACACAAGCACUAGGCCGUGAGCGAAUCCCCGGUGUUUCCUGCAGCAGCCCGCCGCUUUAUCAUCGUCGCCAUGGGGGACACAGGGAGCGAGCGCAGCAAGCCGACCAGUAUACCUCCCCGCUGCCCUUGCGGAUUUUGGGGGUCCAGCAAAACCAUGAACCUCUGUUCCAAAUGCUUUGCUGCUGACAUACAGAAGAAAGAGCCAGACGAGGACUGUACUCCAGAGCCCGCCCCCAGUUCCAGCAAUAGCCAAUCCGCAGUCUUCUGUAAUGAGUCGAGCAGCAGCAGUAGCCAAACCCUGUCCUCCAAUCCAGCCACCUCAGAGGAGCCUUCAUCAGAAGCCACGCCUCUUCCUGCACAGGAUGAAGUCUCCAGUACAGACACAGCUCGCGGCACGCUAUCCACUCCUACAAAACGACCCUGUGACUCAGGUUCAGAUAGCGAGUCGUCCCCAGAGAAGCGUGUUCGGCUGGGAGAGGCCUCAUGUUCUGAAGGUUCUCCACGAGUUCCCAAGCAGAAGAAUCGUCGGCGGUGCCACAGCUGCCAAACCAAACUGGAGCUCGUACAGCAGGAGCUGGGGUCCUGUCGUUGUGGUUAUGUGUUCUGCAUGCUGCACCGGUUGCCGGAGCAACACGACUGCAUGUUUGACCACCUGGGGCGUGGCCGAGAGGAGGCCGUGAUGAAGAUGGUUAAACUGGACCGCAAGGUGGGCCGAACCUGCCAGCGCAUCGGAGAAGAGUGCUCUUGAACGCCCCCAGUCCCUUCUCACACACACACACACACACACACACACACGCAUACACACUGCAGUCCACUUAUCUGACACGCACACAAUCACCCACUAGUGGCAUCUUUAUUUCUCCAGUACAUCUCAGUGGACCCCGCACCCUUGCUUGACCUCUGACCUGUGUCCCGUUCAGCAGCCUCGGGCUCAUCACACACAGAGCCUUAAUUUUCUGAUAUCUGCCUCCACCCCCCCACUGCACAUACAGGGUCAGCAGGUCACACGAACUACCCUCAAGGUCACGGCGGAGAGGACGCAACCUCUUCCCCACUCCCAAACCGUCUGUACUUUGGAGAACUACUCUUUCUCAAAUGCUGCGAUCGACUCCACGGGAAACAUGUCGAUCGAUCCAGACCUCUGGGAAUUUCUGUUCCAUUCUGUGCUGGAAGUCUCCUGCAUCACGUGGACAUUUUUUUUUGAGGGAGGGAGGGGCGACCUGGAUCACCCAAGUUACUCCGUCCCUUUGCUUUUCCGUUUUACACUCUCACACACUCGCUCAUAUGCACUUACAGCCGCGUUCUCGACGCUCGGUCCGACACGAGGGCUGAAGCAAAAUCAAACGGUACCCUUUGGAUGUGGUUCAGCUUGGAAAGGGCCGCCCACAGCUCGUCUGGGAACUGUAGUUCGUUCAGGUCUGAAUAAACACACUCUGUAACCUCGUGAAACUCCCAUCAGCCCUCGCAAAAUACUCUCUGCCUGUUUUAAAGCAGCUGAAAGGUUUUCUGCCAUUGUUCUUGCUUUCUCCCGUGUCAUUUUUGCCCUCCCGAUAGUUUCUCGACAGUCUCUAGCCUGCUCAUGCUAACCGUCCUUUCUGCAUUCUCUUAAUUCUCUCUCUCUUUUUCUCUCCUCCCUGCUGUCCGUGGCAUUUAAGGAGACGUGUGUUCACCGGUGGUGGGAGCGAGGAAGUCAGAGUCUCAAUUUACCGGCGCUUUUAUUAUCAUUUUGUUUUUUUACUGGUUUUGACUGGUUUUCUGUUGAGAUGUUUAGAAGGACAGAACUGAAGAAAAGAGAUCAAUAUUGUGUAUCUUAAGAAAAAUCCUUAUUUAACCUCCUUUGUGUUUCUGGAUAACUCUCACUCUAGCAUAGAGCUGCAUUACUUUGCCAUUUUUAGGUUAACAUAAAAACAUACAAAAAUAUGGAUAAGAUUAAAGAUUCUGUAGCCUUUUUCUUUGUUUUCUUUUCCUUUCCUCUUUUGCUGAUAAAGAAUAAACUGGAUUAGAGGA